CUGUCUAUCCGUAACACACCGGAAGAGGAGCCGGCUGAUCCGCAGUUGAUGCGACUGGAUAACAUGCUUAUUGCGGAAGGAGUGGCCGGACCGGACAAGAGCACUCCGGUAGCCCCUGAAAACGGAGCCGAUCAGACCGAUUAUCGUGCCAAAUUAGCCCAAAUUCGAAACGUAUAUCAUUCUGAAUUGGAGAAAUAUGAACAAGUGAGUGAUUUCAAAGCUUAG